GAACGCAUCGCAUUAAUUGAUGCUCUGUACAUCACUAUCGCGCUGGUCGGCCCGCGCGCGGACGUUUCCGUUCGAUUUUUAAAUGAAAAAAAAGCGCGAAGCGUCGAACUUGACAGUUUAAUUUUUUUCGAUCUCUUGUUUUCAUGUUGGCACAGAUUCAUAAUAGCGAAUUUUAUCGGACCAUAUCAGAGAGGUUAACAAUGGGUCUGCGGACGAGGUUUUGUAACGUUUAUGUUAGGAAGAAAAUGUCACGAUAAGCAAUCGCGGCCGAGUGCAAAUGUCGCCGAUAUCGCUAAACAGACACUAAAUGCGUUCAAUUGGAAUACAGUUACGGUGUGCGGAGACGUAUUGAGGCUUGUCCUUUCGCGGAAUCCCGAUCGUUGAAUCAUACACCGGUUAUCGUGUUUUGAAACGAGCGGCAGUAUGGUUGAGGUCACAAGUUGGAUUCCGCACGCCGUAGUAGAAACACUGCGCGAUCGCUCUGCGCAGCCGGUCAUCGCGUGGCUCACGGCUAUCCGGGGCUCCAUAGAAGAGUACGACCCUCUCGUGCUGGUCCGCCCGGCUUCUGUGGUCUCACACGCGUCAGAAUCAGACGGCGCGUUCGAUGAGAUCCUAUCGCAACUAGGAAAGGAGAUCUACAAACUGGACGAAUACCAAAGACACCUAUCACCGCAGCAACCAAACGUAUCUCACAGUAUUUUGAACAUUUUCGACGAAUGCCUCGAAAGCAUAAACGUCCGCGACAAGGAAACAAUGCCAAAUAUUCAACCAAAACAAAACAGUGUAAACAGUGACAGUACAUUGACGCAAUCGGAUGUCCCUUUCGCGACUAGCACGCCGUCCAAAAGUGCAAGCGCGAUGGAGAAUAGAGUUGUAGAAAUAGUGCCGCCGAUACCGUCGCGGAGGAAAAUAAAAGCGGCUUCAAUAACAUCUUCCAAUUACGACAACGUGGACUUCAAGGACACGAUCAUCAAAAUGGAAUCAGACAGCGAUUCGGAGAGCACCUGUUGGAGUUACAAGGAGUGCAAUCCCGGGGAGGUGAACAAGGACACGUACGCGGUGGUGUGGUCGCACUCGAGCGGCUACCACAACUCGGAUGAGAUCCUGCUGCGGGUGCUGUCGCAGGUAGAGCAGCACGCGACGAUAUCUCGGCUGUCGUUCGACACGGCGAGCGACUUCACACCUCCGCCGUUCUCUGUAUACGCGCUGCACGAGGUGGAAGACAGGUGCGCCUCAGUCGCCGCCAUGACGCCGGACAAGCCGUGCGACGACGGCUACGAGCCGGUGCGAGACGCGUUGACAGAUGAAAAUAUUUACGAGGAAAUCGAGUACGGUUACAGUUACACGGACGAGGGUUGCUCCUGUGGAGGCAGUGUGGACGUGGAAAGUUUAGUCAGUGCUAGUUCUGAGGGUGUGGGUCGCGACAGUCCCCUAUAUGCGAAUUUAAGGGAUAACGACGCGUAUGCGAUACCGCCUGAUGUGAUCUUUUGGAAGAAUCAGCUUCUUGAUCCGUUUUGUAACGAGGAUGAAGAGGAUGAGUGGAUAACCCCCGAGGAGUGCGAAGUGUACACGCGGGAGCGGAGGCCGCCCCUCGUGAUACCGCGCAUCACGCAGUACCGCCCGCCCCGGCGCGACCAGCGGAUACACUAUCCCGAGGAGAGUCUAAAAGACGUACCAGCCAAGUCGUGGAACUGGUCUCCGACGUCAGAGCGCAGCCGUCUCGACUUGGAGAGGAGUUUUAGCAAAGCGAACAGUGAUAGCCCGCCGCUAUGGGUCAGCAAACGACUGGGUGGUUCCACAGAGAACCUUCUAGCGCGACGCCCCAAUCACCUCCAACUCCCCCCUUCCUCCUCCGGCGACAGCCUGGACGUAGAGGUCCGGGAACGGGCACCUGGCAAGAAGGAGAGGAAGUCCAGGUCCAUGGUCGCGCCCAAACAGAAGAGGGCCCCUGUGUCCUCGCCAAGACUCAUGCAUGUGCCUAUUGAGGCAACAGUUCUAUACGAAGGGCCAAUAAAACGUACGAAGUUUUUCGAGGGCGGCAAGAAAAGCAAGAAGAAUUGGACGGACUGCUACAUGAUACUCACACCCACGGCUCUUGUGUUUUAUAAGGACCAGAGGACGUAUUAUGCUACGAAGCUACCAAAACCAAUGAACGCGCCCCCAAGUCCAACCGCACCACGCGCUGAGCUCGUUCUUCCACUGCUCAACGCGCAUGUUGUGCAGUGCAUACAGAUGCAUACUAGACGACACACCCGUUCCCUAGUAUUAACUGUGGAACACGACCAAUAUCUCAUCCAAGAUGAAAGUGAAGAUAGCGCCAAACGCUUGCUUAAGUGUAUACAGAAUGUUAUUUAUAAAUUGGGUCCCCCCGUACUCGACGACAGACCAAGCCCUCAAUACCAAAGCAGUAACACGGAUCUAGAGAGUCUGGGUAGAACUCCGCCUGUAUCUAGACAUGCUACUAGAAAACAGAAAGCGGGCGGCAGUAGCAAUGAAGAUCUCAGUGAUUCCACUGAAGUGUCCAUUCAGAAGUCGCACGUGCGCAGUAGAUUACGGAAAUUCUUCGCAAAACGGCCGGCUAUGGAGGUACUUGUGAAGAAAGGCAUCUACAAAGAUGAACCAGUAUUCGGCCGCAAGUUAGAAGAAGUGUGUCCAUCAACGAGUCCACGUGUACCAGAUUUCGUUCGAGCGUGUGUUAAGGAGAUAGAGAGCAGUGAAGAGAACAUGUGCACGGACGGCUUGUAUCGAGCGAGUGGGAAUCUGAGCCAAGUGCAGAAGAUUAGGCUUGAGAUCGACCAAAACAAUCUAUCAGUUAUAGAAAACAACACAGAUAUCCACGUGCUAACGGGAUCUCUGAAACUGUUCUUCCGCGAACUGAAGGAGCCUCUCAUACCCUGUACUAUGUUCGAUAGAGUUCUGGCUGCUUGUUCAAUCAAACCGAGGGAGGCCAGGGUCAAAGAGUUCCGAGACAUCGUGCAGUCUCUACCUCAAUGCAAUAGAGAUACGUUAAAAUUCCUCCUCGAACAUUUAUUAAAAGUGACCCAAUACAGCGAGCGCAACAGAAUGCACACAGCAAACCUCGCCAUAGUAUUCGGUCCUACAUUACUCUGGGCACCAGAAGAACAAGCCCAUCGAAUAGCCAUCGACUGCAUACAACAGAACAACGUCGUCGAUAUACUACUCAACGAAUAUAAAGAUAUAUUCGCCGAAGAUACCAAGGGAAAGAAAAAAGCGUGAUUUGUGAAGACGAAAUAUUGUAAAAGUGAUUGACUUUGAUAACGGGUUCCAGCAAGUUCUAGUGGAGAAGGCUUUGUGGGUGUAUCGUCUAAUAAAGUUGUUUUGUUAGGCGGCGUUACUGUGGAUGGUGUUGUUUUUAUCUGUGACGUCAAAAUUAACUUAUUUUAAAACAUUUGAAAGAUGAAUAUUUAAUAAUUAUAAAUAAAAAAUUAUAUGUCUACGUAUAUCGAUGAUUUUAUCAUAGUCAUGUUAGUGUAAAAUUUAUCUGUAUGCGUGAUCUCUAUUCGAAGGUUCGAUUUAAUAUCAUGACAUCAUUGAAAUUCCUUUAAAUGCCAAAGUAGCUGUCGAAAAUAUAAAAUAAAAAAUUCCAAAAUUUAUAUGCGUUGUGAUUUAUGCAAUUUAUCGAAGACUGUCUGAGGCUCUAGAAGUAAUAUUAAAGCGUUGAAUUCUACGUGCGAUAUUUAUUUACCGACGUUAUUUUGGGGCCAACAUUGUAUAUAUCCUUAUAGAGUAGGCUUGAAGCCAGCUAUUUUGUGCCUUAAGCUUGUUAUUUGUAAAUAUAGUUGACCAGUUAUGUGAUAACGUUAGUGAAUCGAGUCCGUUUCAAUAUCUAGGUCUAGUCCUUAUUUUAUGUCUGAUCGACUUCAAUCGUACAUAACUAGCAAUGAGUGAACUGCUUUGUACAGCGUGUUGAAUACUUUCAUUUUUCCCUAUUAACACAGUAUACAGUAUAGUAGGGAAACUUCAUACUUCAGACACGUUCGAAAUGGCUCACGUAGACAGGCAAGCAUGUUUACGAGAAUCUUAAGGGUAUUGUCACAAUUGACAGAUAUAAGAAUACCCUUAUGAUUCUCGUAAACACGCUUGUUUGUGUGCGUGAGCCAUUUCAAACGUGUUGUAUGAAGUUUCCCUACUGGUUCUGGUUGUAUCUGUAUACUGUUUUAGCGUUUAUUUAUACAGAUGAAAUUUAAGCAAUAUAUUUUGCUGCUGUUUUUACAUAAAUUCUGUGUUGUGUCAAAUUAUAAAUGUAUUCUUAGUGUAAAAAAUGCAAUAACGUUGUUAUAACUUAUAAUGUAUUGUAAUCUUUAGGUUUUUUAAUGUGUUUAAAAUAUUUUGUAAGUACAUGUUAUUUGAUACGCUGUAUAAAUCAUGUAUAUAUUGUAUGCAACACCCAAUAUCAAGCUAGAAACCAAAGUUUUGUAUUUUCGGCCGAUAGUGUAUCUAUCAAUAUAAUUUGUUGUGUAGUUUAUGUUAAGUAUUUUAAUGAAAUAUCGCUUGAAAUAGACGAAGUUAAAUAAAUAAAAUACAAUUAUACGGUA